CCAGCGGGGACUCUGGUCGGAUGUUCCGAGCACCCGAUCGUGGGCUGGCUGUAUUGGGGUGUGGAUGGCGGACGCGCUCUGCUCCUGAAGCAAUCCCGCGAGCGUACCAUGAAGGGAGAAAGGGAUACCAGUCAACAGAGGCAGCUGUUGCUGCUGCUGUUUCACUUACACUGGCUACUACCUUCGGCCUCAGCCCUCCAUCCACAGGACCUCUUUCCGUAUGGGGAAGCCUGGGGGGACCAAUUUCUGCAGGAAGGGGAUGAUGAAAUCUCAGCCUUGGUAAAGCUGAAGAGACCCCUGCGGUUCUAUGAGGCUCAGUUCAGUAGCCUCUAUGUGGGCACUAAUGGCAUCAUCUCAACUCAAGACUUCCCUAAAGAGAUACAAUAUGUGAAUGAUGAUUUUCCUACAGAAUUCCCUGCAGUUGCCCCCUUCUUAUCUGACCUUGAUACUAGCAGUGGGAGGGGAAAGAUCUCUUACAGAGAAGAUGACUCUGUGGAGAUACUGAGCCAGGCAGCCCAAUAUAUUCAUGCUGGGUUUCCCAAAACUGCUGCAAACUACACACCAACCCAUGCCUUUCUUGCUACAUGGGAGGAGGUGGGUGCCUAUGAAAAAGUGACACAAUAUGUGUUGCCAUCAAGGCUGAUGAACACUUUUCAGGUAGUCUUGGCAUUUGAUGAGUUUGACACCUACGCUCUCUUUCUUUAUCCUACCAAUGGCCUUCAGUUCUUUGGAACUCGUCCCAAAGAAUCUUAUGAUAUACAGCUUGAACUCCCAGCCAGAGUGGGUUUCAGCCGAGGUAAAGAUAACUAUCAGAAGAGAGAAGGACCUUAUUUUAGUGUAACUAGCACUGAACAAUCUGUGAAAAAUCUCUCCCAAAUAAGUAACCUGGGCAUUCCUGGAGUAUGGGCUUUUCACAUUGGCAGCAUAUUCCAGUUGGAUAAUGUUGAACCUGCAAACUUCAGAGGAAACCUUUCCAUAGCCCAUUCUCUUGAGCAUUUUCUUAACAAUGCUGCAGAGUACAGUGUCCUGGAAAGUAAUUAUACUGAAGAAAAAAUGGAUUAUGUUAAGGUUUUUUAUAAUAACAAUGGUGAUGAAAGUGAACACUCACGCACUGAACAAGAACUAGCAUCAAACAGUCACAGCAAGACAGUUUUACUUGACUUACAUGCCAGCUCUCGUAGUCAAGUAGAUCACAGUGAAUCAAAUCAUGAUGGUAUGUUCUCUCCACUGGACUCAGAGCUAAAAUCCAAAUUGCUAUAUCCAUCACCUAGUCAUUGGCCAUCAUCUCCCAAAACAGAAUCUGACUCCUUGUAUCAUCAAAUUAAAGAAGGAACACCAGAGAGGGAGGCAUUUUUUCUGAUAUCACAAGGCCACACUGAGUCUUCUCAGCAAAAAGGAAUUAAAAGCCCAGUUCCAACAGACACCAAGGGAGAAUGGCUGGAUCUCUUAGUAGAAGCUUCACCACUCUAUCCUAAAAAUGAAACUAUCCAACCCUACCCAGAUGGUGGAGCUAUGUCUUCAGAAAUGGAAGCUCUUUCAGACUAUUCUGAGGGAGUUGUUCUUACAGAUUAUCAUUUUCCAGAAAAUACACCACCAUUGAAUCAUGGGACGUAUGUUAUGGGAAUGGAAGAAGAUAGGAAUUUCAAAACUGAUGUAUUCACACAUCAAGCUACUAUCAAGGAAACAUGUGAACAGAAACACAGAGAGUGUUCCCAGCAUGCUUUCUGCACAGACUAUUCCACUGGCUUCUGCUGCCACUGCCAGUCCCAGUACUAUGGAAAUGGAAAGCAUUGCUUGCUAGAAGGAGCACCUCACCGAGUCAAUGGGAAAGUGAGUGGUCAUCUCCAUGUAGGACAUACUCCAGUGUCCUUCAGUGACGUAGACCUGCAUGCCUACAUCGUAGGAAAUGAUGGGAGAGCCUAUGUAGCCAUCAGCCACAUCCCUCAUCCUGCAGCCCAGGCCCUGUUGCCCCUUACCCCAAUUGGAGGCCUCUUUGGCUGGCUCUUUGCUUUCGAAAAACCAGGCUAUGAGAAUGGUUUCAGCAUCACUGGUGCAGCCUUCAGUAAUCACAUGGACAUCACCUUCUACCCAGGAGAAGAAAAAGUUCAUAUUACUCACAUUGCUGAAGGACUUGAUCCAGAAAACUACUUAAGUGUUAAGACAAAUAUUCAAGGCCAGGUGCCUUUCAUCCCAGCAAAUUUUACAGCCCAUAUUGCACCAUACAAGGAGAUUUACCACUACUCUGAUUUGGCUGUAACUUCUACAACCUCCAGAGAAUAUUAUCUUUCAUUUGGUGAAAUCAACCAAACAUUCUCUUAUCAUUUACACCAGAACAUUACUUACCAGGACUGUAAUCAUACUUCUAACCCCAGGAUUGUUCCUAGAACUCAGCAGCUAAAUGUGGAUCGUGUUUUUGCUUUAUAUAAUGAGGAAGAAAAAGUGCUUAGAUAUGCUAUGACCAAUCAGAUUGGCCCAAUGGAAGAGGAUAUAAAUCCAUUGGUGAUAAAUCCUUGCUAUGAUGGAAGCCAUGCAUGUGAUACCACAGCUCGAUGUCUGGUGGGAACAGGACUAACCUAUUCAUGUGAAUGUACAACUGGCUACCAAGGAGAUGGAAGAAAUUGUUUUGAUAUAAAUGAAUGUGCAACAGGUUCCCACCUAUGUGGUCAGAAUUCUGUGUGUGUCAACUUGCCAGGGAACUACAGGUGUGAGUGCCAGAGUGGUUAUGGAUUUGCAGAAGAUAAACACACUUGUAUUUUAAUUGCUCCACCAUCCAAUCCUUGUGAAGAUGGCAGUCACAAUUGUGCUCCUGUGGAAAGGGCCCAGUGUAUUUACCAUGGAGGCAGUUCUUAUAGCUGUAUUUGCCUUCCUGGUUAUAUUGGCAAUGGACAUGAAUGUACUGAUGUUGAUGAAUGUAUGGAAGAAAGAUGUCACCCUGCUGCUACCUGCCAUAAUAUCCCUGGCUCCUUCUCUUGCCACUGCCAACCUGGCUACAAUGGAGACGGAUUUCAGUGUUCUCCUGAACCUACCCAGGGACCACGGACAGUUUGUGAGCACUGGAGGGAAAGUCUCCUGGAGCACUAUGGUAGCAGGCCUCGGGAAGACCAGUAUGUUCCACAGUGUGAUGAGUUUGGCCAUUUUAACCCCUUGCAGUGUCAUGGAAACAGCAACUUUUGUUGGUGUGUGGAUAAGGAUGGCAGAGAGGUUGAAGGAACUAGAUCACAACCAGGAAUCACUCCUGCAUGUAUACCGAGCAUUGCUCCUCCCACCAUUCUGCCAUCCCCACGUCCUGAUGUAAUACCACCAUCUGUGGGCACAUUCCUGCUCUAUGCCCAGGGCCAGAAGAUUGGCUACCUACCUCUCAAUGGAACCAGGCUACAGAAAGAAACAGCCAAGACAUUACUAUCACUGCAUGGUUCCAUUGUGGUAGGGAUAGAUUAUGACUGCCAGGAGAAGAUGAUAUAUUGGACCGAUGUUGCUGGGCGUGUAAUCAGUCGGGCCAGUCUGGAAUUAGGCAAUGAGCCUGAAAUUGUCAUCAGUUCAGGACUGAUGAGCCCAGAAGGACUUGCCAUUGACUAUUUCCGUAGAACCAUGUUCUGGACAGAUAGUGGCCUCGAUAAAAUAGAGAGUGCCAGGUUGGAUGGUUCAGAACGCAAGGUUCUCUUUGACACUGAUCUGGUGAAUCCCCGAGCCAUCACUGUGGAUCCAAUCGGAGGCAACCUGUACUGGACUGACUGGAAUAGAGAAGGACCUAAAAUUGAAACCUCUUCUAUAGAUGGAACAAAUAGAAGAAUUUUGGUGAAUAAAGAUAUUGGACUACCUAAUGGUUUAACCUUUGAUCCAUUCUCUAAACUGAUUUGCUGGGCAGAUGCAGGAACCAAAAAACUGGAAUGUGCAUUAUCAAAUGGAACUGGAAGGCAUAUAAUACAAAAUAACCUCAAUUAUCCCUUCAGCAUUGUUAGCUAUGCAAAUCACUUUUAUCAUACAGACUGGAGAAGGGAUGGUGUUAUAGCAGUAAAUAAAGAUAAUGGCCAGUUUACUGAUGAGUAUCUUCCAGAGCAAAGAUCACAUCUUUAUGGAAUAACUGCAAUUUACCCCUACUGUCCGAAAGGAACAAAGUAAUGAACUCUAAAUAACAGAAUUUCAAUUCUGAAGACUAUUUCCUACCAACAGUUGGAAGGUGAAGAAAAUGAAAAAACAGAAUAAAGGUUACUGCCAGUUUCUGGAUAUGCCACAAAAUGACCUUUUACAGGGCAAAGAUUAGUAAGUGUAUUCUGGGAAAGUUUUAUACCUCAAUCUUUACUACUGUAUUUUCUAAAAUUAAAAAAUUGAUACUGAUGUUAUAAGGAAAAAAUAUAUUCCUUAAAGUGUUAGGAACAGAAUUUGAUUGUUACAUAUAAAACAUUUUUAUACAUAAUUACCCUAUUUCACUUUUAAGGUAAAAUUCAUUAAAGAAAAAUCAAUUAAAUUUAAAAUUUAAAGAACUCAUAGACUGAUUCUAGUAUAACUAGAAUCUUCUAUGAAGAACUAGGUUCUUCUUGGCUAAAAGAUUAUUUUGUUUAACUAAAAAUACAUUUAAAGACAAAAAUAUAGAAGCCUUGAAGAGGCUAUGUAAUAAGUAACAGUAUUGGGAAAAACCAAUGAAAUUAAGUUUUUUGAAGUUCUAAAUAUUGUCUCUUUACCUCACCAUCAGUGAAUUUCUUUUAGUAUUUAUACAGAAGGUGCUAGAAUAAUUCAUUUUGUAUUUUAUAGUUCUUAAGUGCCUAUAUCCCCAUAGUAGAAAAAAUUACAUUCAUGUAUACUUACAAGAUAUAUUUCUAUUCAAAGAUUCUGGAUUACUGUAAUAAAACAUUUAAGUUUUCCUAUU